CUUCGUGGAGUCUGAUGUCUAACAGUGUCCGCCGGAAACAGGACUCUGAGAGCCCCAAGUUCCCUCCUUCAACUUCAAGCCCUCCCUGGGGAGGGAAGGCUCCGGAGAUGUCCAACUUCAAUAAUUUCACUCAACCCCUGUAGUCUCACCGACUGGGCCGAAUUAAAACUCGAAAACUAUCGAAUAAAAAAGUCAUCUUGAAAAGGGAGGGCGUUUUUACAGGUUGCAAUGCUUAGUGAUGACUUCCGGUGGCCGCCUCGGACUUGAAGAGAGGAGCUUCCGUUAGCAACCAAUUUCAGGGGUCUUAGCACUCUCGCUCCCUCCACCACUGUCCCCCGCAGCAUUUCGACCAGAAGACGGCUCCAGGGACUUCAGUACCCUGCUGAGGCCCGGCUUAGACGUCGCUCCCUCCCAGCUACUCCCCUAGAAGCCGAUCAGAAAUCAUGGUUCAAUGAGAACUAUGCUGAUCCUUCUACAGUACUGCUGGUUCAGACAUUUUUCUAGGUAGUCUUGGCCUCGCAUCCUCUGAGAAGGAUGAUGUAAGGAGGCGACUGGACCAAACUACUUCUUAUUUUGGAAACCUGUCUUGUGGAUUGGGAAUUAUUGCUUUUAUCAGACUUAAUUUAACAACCCAUUCUUCAAAAUGUUGAGAUACUGGGGAGAAAUCCCAAUAUCAUCCAGCCAAGCUAACAGAAGCUCCUUUGAUUUGCUCCCACGGGAGUUCCGUCUGGUGGAAGUCCAAGAUCCACUCCUGCACCAACCCUCUGCCAAUAAGCCACGGCCAACCACCAUGCUGGACAUCCCAUCUGAGCCUUGCAGCCUUACCACCCACACGAUCCAACUUAUUCAGCACAACCGGCGCCUACGAAGCCUCAUUGCUACAGCUCAGGCCCAGAUGCAACAGCAGGCAGAGGGCAUCAAAACUGAAGAGAGUGAACCACUUCCAUCCUGUCCAGCUUCACCCCCCCUCCCUGAUGACCUACUUUCUUUGGAUAACAAGACUGGUAAAAUGCCAUUCCAAAUCAGACAUAGUGACCCAGAGAGUGACUUUUACCGGGGAAAGGGGGAACCUGUGACUGAACUGAGUUGGAACUCCUGUCGUCAGCUGCUCUACCAGUCAGUAGCCACAAUCCUGGCUCAUGCAGGAUUUGAAUGUGCUAAUGAAAGUGUCCUGGAGACUCUAACAGAUGUGGCCCACGAGUAUUGCCUUAAAUUCACCAAGCUGCUACGCUUUGCUGUGGACCGGGAGGCCCAGUUGGGGCAGACUCCCUUUCCUGAUGUUAUGGAGCAGGUAUUCCACGAGGUGGGCAUUGGCAGUGUGCUGUCCCUGCAGAAGUUUUGGCAGCACCGCAUCAAGGACUAUCACAGUUAUAUUUUACAGGUUAGCAAGCAGCUCUCUGAGGAGUAUGAGAAGAUUGUAAAUCCUGAGAAGGCCACAGAAGAUACGAAACCUAUGAAGAUCAAAGAGGAGCUUGUCAGUGAUAUCACCUUCCCUGUCAGUGAGGAGUUGGAAGGAGACCUGGCAUCUGGUGACCAGUCUCUGCCUGUAGGAGUGCUUGGAGCUCAGAAUGAACGGUUCUCAUCCAACCUGGAGGUUGAAGCUUCCCCACAGGCUUCAGGUGCUGAGGUAAAUGCUUCUCCUCUCUGGAAUUUGGCCCCAGUGAAAAUAGAGUCACAGGAGAGUGAAGAAGGCACUGUCUCUGGGCAUGGUGUGCUGGGCAGUGAUGUCUUUGAAGAGCCCAUGUCAGGCAUCAGUGAGGCUGGGAUACCACAGAGUCCCAAUGGCUCAGAGAGCAGCUAUGGAUCCCACUCCCCUGACAGCCUCAUGGGAUCCUCUCCUGUCUUCAACCAGCGUUGCAAAAAGAGGAUGAGGAAAAUAUAAAGGAAAAGGUAGAACUUUUUAUUCCAAUCCAAUAAGGUGCCAACUGUACAGGAACUUGUUCCCAUGAACAGUGAAUGGAUACCGAGGGGUCCAAAGGCCCCAGAGCCAUUCCCAGGAUCUCCAGAAGUGGGUUUGGCUGACAGUGGUUUUUCCCCCUUUAUGUCGGCACAGUUUUGCAUGAACAAAAACUAAAACAGAAACCACAAUGGUGAUCAUGAGACUAGAAUUCUGUUUUGGCUUUACUGACUUUGCAAUGGGAUCAAGUUACUUUACUGCUAAAUCUGGUUCCUUUUCUACCAUGAAAAACACACAUCCAUGCUAUGACCUGUCUCACUGAGAGAGGGUUAUGGAGAUAAUUAUGGUGAUUAAUCAGAUAUUUGUUAAAGCUAUUACUUAAUAACUAUGCUUAGAUUUAGGUCCUGUGUGUAUAGAGGGAUUUUGUAUAUAUGUAUUUUAUUUAGCUUCCUUUAUUAACAGAUGGAAGUUACUGUGAAUCAAAUAUUGGUGCCUAAAAGCAAAUAGCCAACACAAAUAAAUGGCUUCUUCCACUAACUAAUGUCUGCAGUGCUGCUCAUGAAAUCUUUUUACAGCUAGAGACCUGUGGUGAUACAGAUCGAAGCAGCCCCUCCCAGUCCCCUCCUUUCUCUUCAUUGUUUAGCUUUUCUUCUCCCUUCUUCCUUGUCCCCUAACCUCUUGAGUACGUCUUCCAUGCUAACUGUUCAUUUUUUGCAGUGCAUGUUACCUUGUUUUAUCUUCUCUUUUCUCCUUUCGUACUUAAAUAUGUGUGAAUGUAUUUGGGACAGAGUAUAGUUAGGUUAAUUAAGUAAAACUGGGAAAAAUAAAAGUAAGUUCUCAGGGCUAUGGAAUGGUCUGCAGAUUACUGUUCUCUUGAAGGUCUAUCAAGGAAUCAAGUUGUGCUAUUUCUGCUGUUCCCAUAUCAUUUGAAUAAACAUUUACUAAGCACCUACUAUGUGUAGGACAUUGGAAAUACAAAGGCAAAACAAAACUCCCCCUCCUCUAGGAGCUUAUGUUGUUGUGGGGAGCUAACUUGAUCAGGUCUGAUCCUGGCCUAAUGACCAGACUCUACUGAGAGUCAUUUUUUUCUCUUUAGCUUGUUAUCCCUACUUAGUUACUUCAGGAAAAUCCUCUAACAUACUCAUGGUAAAAUCAUGUCUAGGUUUCAAGGUUAACAAGGUCCCCAGCUUGUAUGGCACAGUGAAAAAAGUGCUGGGCCUAGAGUCAGGAAGACCCGAGUUCAAAUCCAGCCGCAGAUGCUUAAUAGCUCUGUGACCCUACGAUU